UGAGCUGUUGAGGCGGACUGAAAAAAAAAACUCGACGAGGAUCUGUUCUCUUUUUUUUCUUCUCAUGCAGCAUCACGUCUGUGUCUACCUGACGUGGAACAUAGCGCCCCCCCAUCCUCUAAUAUCAUGUGGACCGCAGUGGCACUGACAGCGUGUUGGCUGCAGCAGACGACGAUGCAACAGCAUCUCAUCAUCUGUGUCACCGCAGAGACCAGCACCACCACCGCCGCUGCUGCUGCUGCUGCUGCUCCACAGAUCACAUCACGUUCCUGGUAUGAAGAAUAGGGAGAUGUUGGUGGCGUCCCAUGGGCAUGUUUGUCCUCUGGCUGUUCACUGUGUGUGUCUCUGUCCUGCACACAGACACUCUGAGAGGGAGAAGAAAGACCGUCUUAAAAUAAACUGACAUGCACCACUAGCAGGAAAAAAAACAAGCCAAAAAAAACCCAAAAACAACAAAGAGCACUGAAGACUCUUCUUGUUUUCAUUUAGCCCCUGCUCCAUUUCUGUUUCUUUGUCCUUGUUACAUGCUCAGAGGAAGUCAUGUCUCAGUCGGGAAACGUCCUUCAUCUGUAUGUUGAAGUGAGGUCUGCCCCUGAUCAGAAUGGAGGAAAAGCAGCAUUUGGAGAAAAUAAGGAAGGGAUUACUUCGGUUAAGGACAGUUCAGCUGAGCUUUUGUCUCAGUUAGCGACCCAGACAACCUGCCAGACAGUCACCAAGUCCUCCACAGCUCAUCUGGUUAAGGACUGCACACGCAGCCCUUCUCAAAAUACUGUUAGCUUUCAGCUUAAGCAAGCCAGCAACUCACCAACAAUCAGCAAAAGCAAUUUGCCCUGUGAAGGAGUCACUGCCUCAUGCUUUUCCCCAGCACCACCUUCCAGAAAGAUUGUCCCACACACGUCUCCUAUUUGUCGGAGGUUGGACAAGGAAGAAGUCAACAAUGGGACACGGUCUGUGGUCAGCUUCAGUUACGUCGAGAAGUCCAAUGUGAAGACGGUGGACAGCCCGCACCAUUCUGCGUGUGUCAGAGGGACCAGAGAAGAAAGAUCCACCCCCUCUCACUAUCGAAAACGGCUCAGUGACCCAGUUUGGUUAGGGAGUCCAGAUUCAUCAUGCAGCUCCAGUCCGAAACUGACUUACCCAUCACCAGGAAGUCACCAGCAGACAUUCUCUCCCAGCCUUCGUCAUCCACCCUUGGACCCCAUUGGUAGGGCAGCUACCCAAAGGGCUGUCGAGGAGUUUGGCUCUCCUUUACUGAGGAUUAAACUGGCUCAUGCACUUGAGUAUGCCUCAUGUUCACACGUCAACAAACAGCCACGCUGUCAGUCCUGGGGUGGAUCUCCUGUUCAACGUCAGAACAUCAAUGCAAACCCCAAAGACCACUUAAGAGACAGGAGUCAGGCUAUUUGUGGGCUCCCUCGGAGCCCAGCUUCAGACCAGCUAUCCUCCCAGUCCAGACACUCUCCUCAGUCGAGGCCGUGGUCCUGUGUAGAGACCCAGAGUCUUCAAUGGUCAGGAGAGGAAAAAGCUGUGAUGGGAAGCCCAGCCACCCAAAAACAUACUCACAGGACCUCUAAUAGGAGCACUUCACCAAAGGGAGCAAGUCUCCAACUUGGCAAUAAUGUAGUUGAGGGAUUGAACCAGUUAAGUGACAUGAAAUCCUCCUCUCCAACUCACAGCCCUGAAGUUGCCCACAAGCUAGCAGAGGAAGCUUCCAAAGUAUCUUCUAUUUUCACAGAGGCAAGAAGGUCCUCAUUGCACAAUCCUUUAGGUGAGCUUACAAGCGCCUCAGUCUCUGAAGAAUUUCACAAUUCGCCUCCAAAUGCACAACAGUCUAAGCAAGUGCUUAAGAUGAACAUCCCUUUAAAUGACCAACACAUACCAGCAACUGACAACACUGACUCUCACCAGCCUGAAACCUCUGUCUUGCAGUCACAUCCACGUGCAACAAACUCAUAUACUAAUUAUGACACUCACCAGGAGAACUGCACUCAGAAGUCCCAGCAACAAAGCUCAAUUUUUACUGCAGCUCAGAAUUCUCCUGCUCUUCCUUCACGUUUUUUUCGUCCCUCGCAUCCUCCCACCGAGUUCAGCUCUCCAUUGAGGGACCCUAGGCUAUUCCAAGCUGAACUCCGUGCACCAGAUACCCCAACUCUACAUCGCCGUCAACCCCCACAGUAUGCUGGGGAUUCCUGGUGCCCAAGCCUGGACAAGAAGGAAGACCUGAGCAGUUUUGAGAAAGGUGACUGCACUGAGCUUGCUCGUAGGCUCUUUAUCAAUCAAUGUGUUGAGGAGGCACCGGUCAGCUGGACAUCCAGGCAGCAGUGGGGGAAUUAUGUGGAGAAUAACCCAAGACCAAGCCCUGAGUCUGGACUUGCUUCCAAGAACAGUAAACCUCCUGAUAGUCAUGCCAGCCAACGGCACCAGCCAAUCAGUCCCACUACCCAACAGAAACGGGCUGAGCAGCGAAGGAGAGAGAUUCUGCUUCUGGGACCAGUGGUGCUGGACUCUCCAGAGGAGGAUGAGGGGUGUGAUGAAGAUGGUGAUGGCACUGGUAUGGAGGGAUACGGGGCAGGGCAUCAGGCUCGCAUGCAGAGGAUUGAGGAGCCUCCAGAGGCAGAACAGAAUGGAGCAAUGGGAGUUUCGUCCUCGCGGAGCUCCAGUGGGGUAACAGGCAGCGUGGGGGACAGGGAUUGUGUGUCCCUGGAGUCAAGCCAGUCUAGUCACCAGAGCAAUGAGACUGGGGCUGCUACUUCAGGAAUACAGACGGAUAGUGGCUGUGCAGUGCCCAUGCCCUCGCUCCACUGUCAGAGGAUCGCACGUGCCAAGUGGGAGUUUUUGUUCGGAACACCUGCUGAGGAGGCUGCCACCAGAGGAGAGAAAAAUUCUUUGGAGUGCUCCACAGCUCCUCCCAGUGGUAACUCCAGUGAGUCUCCCACUCCGACUCCCCCACUCUUCCUGCCUCUACUCUCCGCCAAUCACGAGGUGCAGCAUGUGGAGGUUGAGCUGGUGACCCCUCCCCCUGCCAUUGUCGGGACAUCACCCAAAACAGGAAUAAUUCGCCGGACGCUCAAGUAUUCCGAGACUGACCUGGAUGCCAUCCCACUCCGCUGCUACCGUGAGACGGACAUAGACGAGGUGCUACUUGCCGAACAAGAUGAUGCCGACUCAGCGUUUGGGAGUAACCGCAGUGUGCAGGGCAGCAGUCCUCUGGGGGGUCUGGCACACAGAAGGACAGACAGGCAGGAGGUAGAUGAGAAAAGAGGCACGGGGGAGGAGGAGGAGGAGGAUGAUGAGGAGGAUGAGGACGAGGAGGAAGAGGAAAUGGUGAGCUGGGCCAGUGUGAGGUUGCAAGGAGACACCAGGAAGCAGCAGUACGCAGCUCAGGAAGAGCCUGCAGUUUUUGGACACCUUCUAAAGAGACCUACGGAGACGUUUUUCGACAACCACCACCCAGCCCUGAAAUCGCCCAUCUUGGUCUCGGGGCCUCGCUGUGCUGCAGAGGACACUUUCAGCUGCCACUUUGAGAGCAUUAUCGAGUCCCAUCGCGCUAAGGGGACCUCGUACAACAGCCUGGACAGUGAGGAGCUGCUGACCUCGAGCACCCAAACAGUCCUGACGUUCGAUCUGCCCACGCUAACCCCUGCUAUCCACGGGAUGGUCUGCCCAAGCGCCAGGCAGAUUGUCCAACUCAGCUUUGCUCCACUGGCACACGAUGAGAGGCCCAGUUUCUCUGAUUCUAUCUUUACUGUGACCGGGGACUCGGAUGCCACCCGAGCGCCCUCCAGUGAGAGGCUGAGCAGCGGGUCAGAGGACACGCCGCGCAAAAGAGGAGAAUGUACACAGCUGGGGAGCAGCUGGUACAGCAACUCAUCGUUCACUCUACCGAGCAGGGAGAAAGCCCGCCUGGCGACCGAUUCAGAGCUGGACCAGGACCUCAGUGAGAGGCUGGGUCUGGGCAGCAGCGACACCCUCACUAACGGCAGCCACCGUGCGGAUGUGGCGGCGGCCAGACGCCUCGCCAAGCGACUCUUCAACUUGGACGGCUUCAGGAAGUCUGAUGUAGCGCGUCACCUCAGCAAAAAUAACGACUUCAGCCGUAUGGUGGUAGAGGAGUAUCUGAGUUUCUUCAACUUCACAGGACUCACUCUUGACCAGGCAUUAAGGACUUUCCUCAGGCAGUUUGCUCUGAUGGGUGAGACUCAGGAGAGGGAGAGAGUGCUGUCACACUUCUCGAGGCGUUACUGGGACUGCAACCCAGACGUCAUGCCGUCAGAGGAUGCAGUUCACACUCUCACCUGUGCCCUGAUGCUGCUGAACACCGAUCUCCACGGUCAAAACAUUGGCAAAAGGAUGUCAUUCACACAGUUUGUCGGCAACCUGGAGGGACUGAACGAGGGCCAAGAUUUUCCCAAGGAUCUGCUCAAAGCUCUCUACAACUCAAUCAAGAACCAAAAACUGCAGUGGACACUCGAUGAGGAAGAGCUGCGGAAGUCGUUUUCGGAGCUCGGGGACAGCCUGUGUGACUCCAACACCUCCAACAGAUCCAUGAAGAGGGAGGGCAGCAGUGGGGACCUCCUGUCGGAGGAGAAACAGCCCUCGGGAUCACUGCUGUACAAGAACGGAUUCCUGGUGCGCAAAGUCCACGCCGACUCGGACGGCAAGAGAACACCGAGAGGGAAAAGAGGAUGGAAGACCUUCUAUGCCAUUCUGAAAGGGUUAAUUCUCUAUCUGCAAAAAGGGGAGUACAGGCCUGAUAAGCAGCUGUCUGAUGAGGAUCUGAAGAACGCCGUGUCCGUCCACCACUCUCUGGCCAUGAAAGCGUCGGACUACAGCAAGCGGCCCAACGUGUUUUACCUGCGGACGGCCGACUGGAGGGUGUACCUCUUCCAGGCACCGAACGCCGAGCAGAUGCAGUCGUGGAUCACGCGGAUCAACACAGUGGCCGCCAUGUUCUCAGCCCCUCCUUUCCCAGCGGCCAUCGGCUCUCAGAAAAAGUUCAGCCGGCCUCUGCUGCCCGGGACAAUGUCAAAGCUCUCCGAGGAGGAGCAAAUCAGAUCCCAUGAAGCUCGAUUCAGAGCGAUCUCCACCGAGCUGGCCGAGCUGCGCUCCUAUCCUCCGGACCGCAAGGUCAAAGGGCGCGAGCUGGAAGAGUACCGCCAGCGAGACGAGUAUCUGGAGUUUGAGAAGACACGGUAUGGGACGUAUGUGAUGCUGCUGCGGGCUAAAAUCCGGAGUGGUGAGGAGGACCUGUCUGUGUUUGAGUCCCUGCUCUUGGAGGACAACGGACUGCAGAGGGCUCACUCGAGCCCCACGCUGCAGGACAGCAGCCAGGCCAGCCUGGCCAGCAGCACCAGGGACGGCGGCAACAGCAGCAAAGCCAGCGCCUGCAGCAGUAAAGUUCGGCAGGAAGGCCAGAGACACAGCUACCGACAGGCUGUCAAGAAGUGAGACAGGGUGGGGGGCGCCGGGAGCGGCACGGCGUUGCACUGUCAGCGGCAGGCUGUCUCCCUGCAUAGGUUUUAUUUGAGAUCCAGGAGGGUUCGGAGCUCUGCUUGAAAGGGGAGCUGGAGUGAGGGUCUACCCUACACCCUACCCCAACCAUGAAGCCCUACCCGGCACCCCAAUCUUCUCAUCUAACAGAGGAGGUGCAGAUCCUGUGACUGACAGACUGGCUGGGGGGGAAAAAAACCCAGCGAGGGUGUUAGUGC